AUGACUUUAUCUUCCUUUUUUUUUUUCCUGAGGACAAAUAAAAUCAAACCAAACCCUAAUUUUUUUUUUUUUAAUCUAGAAUUUUCUAACUCGGAAAAAAGCAGCAGCUGUUCUUUGGCAGGAACAAGAAUAGAGACCAAACCAAAAAUGGAAACUCAAAAGGUGCAGAAAAGGCAGUGUGAUGUGAAAACAGAUCUGAACUUACUGCUUGAAUGUCUGAAAUAUCAGAUGGACUGCCCUGUAUCUCAGAAAGAGGCUUUGAUCACUAUUUACUCAAUUUGUCAACAAAACAGUGAAGCAAGCGAAUAUUUUCGAGAAAUUGGUGGUUUGAUGUUUAUAAAUGAUCUUGCAAAGUCAAGUGUUCAUUGCAUAGUAAAGGAAGCGGCUUUAUUUACAUUAGGAAUUAUAAUAGAGAGUAAUGUUUAUUGUCAACAAACUUUGUGUACUUCUGCAUUGUUUGAAGACCUCAUUUUAUUUUUAAUUAAUAAGGAUUCUGGUGUGAACUUGAAAAGAAUGUCUGUUUAUGUCAUCCUAGUACUGGUUUCAAAUAAUAAAAGUGGGCAAACCUAUGUCAGAGAUACAGGCUGCAUCGGUCUUCUGCUACAGUUAUUCAGAACAACUCUUUCCACAUCUGAGAUUAAUCUGUCAGAUGAAAAUACUAAUCAGUGCUACCAGCUGUGGUCUUCAGUCUGCAGUACCCUCUGUGCCUGUGUUAACAAUCCUCAGAAUGAAGAUAAUCAAAACAUUUGCUGUUCAGUUUUUCCAUGUGCCAAAGAGUGGCUCGAAAGUUGCACAGAGCCUGAGAUAGUUCGUCCUAUUUGCUCAUUUGUUGGUCUCACAGUUGCAAAUAACUCAUAUGUGCAGAAAUAUUUUGUUUCUGUUGGAGGAUUGGACACAUUAGCUAAAGUUCUCAUCAAGCUUAUGCACAAUUCCUGUAUGAGUCACUCAAGCACAAAACUUGCAGUAGUAGUAACAAAGACUCUGGAUGCCUGCAUUGCCAAUGACUCUGCCAUGGGUGUUGUCUUGGCAAAGUAUCACACUGUGUCACAGCUACUGAAGCUGCUGACCAACGACACUCUGGAUAUAGGAGAAAAAAUUAGUAUUAUUCUAACAAUUGGACACUGUACUGAAGUUUGUGAAGAAAACCAGUGUGAACUGCUCCAGAACAAUGGUCUUCCACUUAUGAUUCAGGUAUUAACCGAGUCUCAGGAUGAGGAACUAAACAGAGCUGCUACUUUUGUGCUGCAAAACUGCAAACAAAUGACUGAACAAUUGUCCCUGAAAAUAAAUGAUAAUUCAUUAAACAUGAACAAUGCAGAAGAGUUGGACGUGCAAGUCAGAGAAAGAAGUCUACAAGACUACUGGAAGAAAGCAAAAGAAAUUUUAUACAGAAUAAACUUGAUUGAAAAAGAACAUGACAAGGAAAGAGCACAGGGAAGAGUAUUUGUAGACAGAUCUUCAGAAACCAAUAUUGAAGCAUCAAAACACCGUAAAGUGAAUCCUGCUGAUCCAAAAACUUACAUAGAAAGAGUACAUAAAGUACAUUGUCCACAGUUGACCUCUAAGAUGGAUGAUCAGGUUCUUGCUCCAUCUGUGAUUUCUUCUCCAUUGAAAAAUGAAAUAUUGAACACUACGGAUCCAGUAAAUGCUUCUACUAGACAAAGUGAACAGAGUAGUAUUCCGUGUUCAGUUAAUGAACUGCAAACAGACAGUGUACUUCAAAGUCACAGUAUAAAUGAAAAAACUGCCUUUGUAAAAAAUCAGUCUGUUCUUCAAGUAAGCGAAGACUUAUUUAAACAACCAGCAGAGACUGUUAAAAAAACAAAACAAACAUGCACAUCAGAUCACCAUUCAUUCUACUCAGAGAUAACCAAGGAGGAAAAAAGUACUUCAGCUACAUCUGCAUCCCAUCAAAUGGCAGAUUUAAGGUGUUCAGGUUGUAGAGCAGGAGGACUGCCCUUCAAUAGUAAAACUUUUACCAAGGUGUUGCAAAGUUGUCCAUUCCAGUGUGACCGACACAAAGUCAUUCUGGAAGCUGAAGAAAGAUAUAAAAAGGAACUUCGCAAAUUGGCUGUUUGUAACAACAGCAGAUACACAACUUAUGAGAAAAUACUGCUGACCCCAGUGAAGAAAAAAAGACUGCCUAUAGAAAUAUCAACUCUUAGGAGCAAAAAGGAUAGUUUCCAAAGUAUUCUUUUGACUCCAAUUAGAAGAAACAAAUCUGAUACUUCAAAUAGAGAUGAACAUAUUAAAAACACUAGGUUGAUUGACGAUUAUAACUUGGUACCUAUAUAUGAAAGCUCUUUCAAAAAAACCCAAGAUGCUAACUUGAAAAGACAAAGAGUCAAAGAAAUGUACAUCCAGCAACGUCACUGCUUAAAAGGAAAUACAAUAUAUUCAGAUGAGAAAGGACGGACGAGUGUUGAUCUUUCCAAGAAGUACUACAGAUUACAGUUGCAAAGGCAAGAAAAAACCAAAGAUCAUCAAUAACAUCUUUCAAGAGUAUUUUGGAUUUUGUUGCAGAAUGUUGAAGAACAGCCUUAUUAGCAGUGAGGUAUUUUCAGAACAAUACGAGCCCUGAGAUAAUUUAGAUUGGCUUGGACUCAUGUUUUCCAGUGAUAACAUUCACUGACAGAGUUGUUAUGCUUUGUAGAUUUAAAUUACAUGUAAUUUGAUUGUUUGUUUCUUUUUAAAUAAUGCUAACAUAGCUAACGAAAUCUCUAUCAGUAAAAUUUAUAGUUUUUUUUUAUUUAACCUUCUUGAACAUUUGAUUAAUGUAACAUUCAAUAUGGGUUUGUAUUUGAAUCUUUUUAUAGUUUGCUUUUGUAAGAAAAGGCUGUAUUGCUAAAAAGAAUAUUUUAUGUCAGAAACUGAUACGCGUUAAUGCUGUUGUGUGUGAAUUUGUUUCCUCUUAAUCAGUGAAAUGUUUAAAGCAGGUAGAAUAUUUUGUCAUGCGUCUGAUGUGCUAUAUGUGUACAAAGAUAUGUCUGUGAUGGAAAACACCAAACGUCUGGUUAGGCACUGCUGUGUGUAGCAGGCAAUUCUUAACGUUGGUACAGGAAGUAAAUGGAAAGAGAGAGCUCGUGGAAAUCGCAGAACUUCUGGGUAGAUGUCAAGUAUGGUUCAGCUGCAGUAUUUCUUCACUGAUAUUAAUGUCUGGGGUAACAUUCCUGGACCUACAAAAAAUACUUCUGUGUUGAACUAAGUAGAAUGCAGGUACUGAUAAAUUUUGGCUUCUGUUUACAGUUGGACAUUUUUUGGUGUAUUAUUCAAGGAAGCGAACUGAUCCACCGUUUCUGCUAAUUACAAGUUUUAUAGAAACCGUUAACAAAAGCCUUAAUAACUUGAUUUUUCGGUGGUAGCCUUAGUAUUUAAUUUCUAUUAUUUAUCCAUUCUGAUAAAGGACUGAUUAACUGAUAGUUAAUUUAUUAUGGAAAAAGUUUAGUUAGCUUAUUAGCAUUAGGCUUUCACAAUGAUGUGGCUUCAAUGCUUAAAAACAAGCAGGAUAACCCAAAAUGGAAAGACAUGCAGUAGAGAUGAUGCCCAUGAUAUAAUAAAUAGCUCUUCUAAUAUUUUCAGCUGAUGCACUUUGGGUUUUAUAUGAUUAAAAUAAUCGAGCUUCUACAAAAGAUGUAUUUGAAUGGAGCUAUUCAAAGACGCAUAGUUAGAUAUCAGCAUACGUAUUUGCGGAGUAUGAGCCAAAAGGACUGCCAUGGCGCAGGGU